ACAAACUCAGCACACUAGUUUCCUCCUAACCUCUGGACACACCGGAGACAGGUGGGUAGCAAUUAUCCCUCAAACCUCGCGCUCGGCAUUAUUUUUGUCGGAGGAAUUCAUCAGGGGAGCCAGAAAAGCGCUCCUCCCCAGGUCACCUUUCCUUUAAAAGCCCCGCCCCGAAGCCCCGCCCACUACGGAAAGCGAAGGUGCCUCUCCGCGGAGCGCGCAUCCUUUUUCCGGACCUUCGCCGCCGGCCGGGAAAGCCUGGGGCCAGGCGCUGAGCGGCCUAGACAACCUGAGGCGGAAGGACGUGGUCUUGGGGCGACCCUGCGGCGGCGGCGCUGUCCCCAGGAUGGCUGCUAUUUUUCUAAGGUCAAUAAUAUUACAAACCAUAAAGACUGAAAAUAACUGUCUUAGAAGAUGUUUGGGUAAAUACAUCGUGCAAAAGAUGGCACUAGCACAGUUGCCCCUCACUGCUUCUGUCCCAAGACUGUCCUAUCUAAUUCAUGCAAAAGCUUUUAGUACUGUUGAAGACUCCCAGCAUGAAAGAAAAAAAAGAAAAAAUAAUGAAACUGAUUUUAGUAACAUUGGAAGAAAAAUUAGUGAGCGAAUCAUUCAUGUAUUUGAUGAGAAGGGCAAUGAUUUGGGGAACAUGCACCGAGCAGAUGUGAUUCGACUUAUGGAUGAGCGAGACCUGCGACUUGUGAAAAGGAAGCCCAGCACAGACCCUCCCGAGUACCAGCUCAUGACAGGCUCACAGAUUCACGAAGAGCGGCUGAGACUGAGAGAGAGGGAAAAGGCUAGACCUAAAACUGGACCUGCUCUGACAAAGGAACUAAUUUUUUCUUCAAAUAUCGGACAACAUGAUUUGGACACAAAGACUAAACAGAUUCAGCAGUGGAUUGUGAAAAAAUAUAAAGUUCAAGUUACUAUAAAGAAAGCAAAGAAUGCAGAAGAGCCAGAAAAUAAAACAGAGGAGCUGUUUAAUCAAAUCCUCCAGACUAUGCCUGGAAUAGCUACCUUCUCAUCCAGGCCACAACCUGUUCAAGGAGGAAAAGCUGUAAAAUGUGUUCUUCGUCAUUUGAGCGAAAAGGAAGAAAUUGCAUACAGACAAACUCAAGAGACCCAGGACGGAAACCCUUUAAACAAAAAAAAUGAAAACGACAAAAAAUCAGAUAUUCUGCAUCAGUAAUUAAAGAAAAAUGUGGUUCUGAGAGAAAAUACAAGAAUACCUCAUUUUAUUGUGCUUCACUUUACGGUGUUUUACAGAUGUUGCAUUUUCCCCAAAAAAAAUCAAAGGCAAGACCCUCCUCCACAAGCAAAAGCAUUUCAACUUGCUUUAGUGCACUACCUGUUUUAGUGCAGUGGUGUGGAACCACCAAUCAGGUCUGCCUGUAACUGAGCUGGCUGGUCUGUGGAAAACAAUUGGAUGUUUAGCUGAGGGUAAGAACUGCAACUGUCGAGAGCACUCUGUCGUCAGUGCUGUUCAGCAGCUCUCCAGUUUUAGGCAAAGAUAAGCCGUGUGCUUGUUUCCCUUUAGGAGGAAUGUAUCCACUGAGACGGGAAGACAAACUCCGUUUUCUACAAGCUUGUUUUACCUUUGGAAAAAGGAAAAUAAUUAGAAUUCAAAAUAAAAAUUACCUGAACUAAUUUUA